AGUAGCCGCUAUCAUCUCACAGACUGCUUCUUCUUUGAAAUCUGGUGAUACCUUUUUUUUCACAACUCACCCGUGCAAUCCAUUCCACUACCAACAUCCACCACUCUACCCGUCAAACGUCCUACUAAUUUAUUUGACCACCAGUUUUCUCCUCCAGAGCCUGCGCAUAGUCAAAGUAAAAGAACACACACAACUAUCAACUACAUUUCUCUCGAUACACAAUCAGAGCGAGCCUUUCUUCGGACUUCUAGGCGCGUAGCCUACCUUAUUCUUCCCCUGCCACCUCAUUCGAGAUGGCGCCCACGAUUCCAGAAUUGGACCUCAUGGUCCAGUCCUUCUACGAAGGUCGCGGCGAACAGCAAAAAGCUGCCCAAACUGCGUUAAACCAGUUCAAGGAAGACCCCGACGCCUGGCUUCUUGUCGACAAGAUUCUUGCCGAGGCAAGGCACCCGCAGACAAAAUAUCUCGGGCUUCAAAUAUUGGACAAUGUCAUCAUGACAAGAUGGAAGGUCUUACCUAGAGAGCAGUGCUUAGGCAUUCGUAACUUUGUUGUCAAUUUCAUCAUCCAGGCCUCCACCACGGAAGAGUCACUCCGACUUCAACGAACUCUUCUGAAUAAGUUGAAUCUAGUUCUAGUCUCCAUUCUGAAGCAAGAGUGGCCUCACAACUGGCCCUCCUUCAUUAAUGAAAUCAUCUCGGCCUGCCGCUCAAACCUGUCCAUCUGCGAGAACAACAUGAUCAUCCUCCGCCUACUUUCCGAGGAAGUCUUUGACUACUCGGCCGAACAGAUGACCUCGGCAAAGACUCGAAGUCUCAAAACCACCAUGUGUAACGAAUUCUCCCAGAUCUUCCAGCUAUGUCAGGAAAUCCUUACUUCCGCAACCCAAGCAAGUUUAGUCAAGGCUACUCUAGAGACGUUACUUCGCUUUUGCAAUUGGAUCCCCUUAGGAUACAUUUUCGAGACGCCACUCAUCGAGACUUUACGCACACGAUUUCUCGAAGUUCCCGAGUUCCGCAAUGUUACCUUACAGGUGUUCACUGAGAUCGGUGGUCUAGUAACCGGUGGGCCGGGGCAGACGAAUGCCUACAGUGAACAGCUAGUCAAGAUGUUCGUUGACGUGCUUACGACUAUCGCCGGCAUUAUCCCCCUAGACCUCGAUCUCAAGAGCACCUACCCUCAGAGUAACUCCAAGGAUCAGGAGUUCCUCCAGGAGUUAGCACUAUUUUUGUGCAAUUUCUUCGGCCAGCAUGUUGACCUAGUUGAGAAUUUACCUAACCGAGACUUCCUCACCCAUGGUCACUUCUAUCUCAUCCGAAUUUCCCAAAUCGAAGACCGUGAAAUCUUUAAGAUCUGCCUAGACUAUUGGCUCAAAUUGGUUCAAGAGCUAUAUGAGGAGAUGCAAGCAGCGCCCUUGGCAGAGAUGAACCCCCUUAUGAUGGGCGCUGGUUCAACUAACGGAGCAGUCAACCCAAGCCUGUUACAAAACUUCCCUCUACGCAUGCACAAGUACAAGGAAGUUCUGUCGAACCUUCGCGUGGUCAUGAUUGAGAAGAUGGUACGACCCGAAGAAGUUCUCAUCGUCGAAAACGAUGAAGGUGAAAUAGUUCGCGAGUUCGUCAAGGAGAGCGACACGGUGCAGCUAUACAAGACCAUAAGAGAAUGUCUUGUGUACUUGACACAUCUUGAUGUAAUCGACACCGAGACGAUCAUGACUGAAAAGCUCCAGAAGCAAGUCGACGGCAGCGAGUGGUCAUGGCAUAACUGCAACGUCCUAUGCUGGGCCAUCGGCUCGAUAUCGCUCGCGAUGAACGAAGAGACCGAGAAACGAUUCCUCGUUACCGUGAUUAAAGAUCUGCUAGGGCUUACGGAGAUGAAACGUGGCAAAGACAACAAAGCUGUCGUGGCCAGCAAUAUCAUGUAUAUUGUUGGACAAUAUCCUCGUUUUUUGAAAGCCCAUUGGAAGUUCCUUAAGACGGUCGUCAAUAAGCUUUUUGAAUUCAUGCACGAGUCACAUGAAGGCGUACAGGAUAUGGCGUGUGAUACGUUCAUCAAGAUCGCAAGGCAGUGUCGACGACACUUCGUGGCCCUGCAGCCUAGUGAGAAUGAACCCUUUAUUGAAGAGAUCAUUCGUAAUCUGCAGCGCAUAACAUGUGAUCUCACACCUCAGCAAGUCCAUACUUUCUAUGAAGCAUGCGGCUACAUGGUUGCUGCACAGGGUAACAAGCAUCAGCAAGAGAGGCUGCUUGCCGAACUUAUGAAUGCGCCCAAUGCGGCCUGGGACGAAAUCAUCAGAGCCGCCACUCAAGAUCCUCAGAUUCUGCAGGAUUCCGAUACGAUCAAGAUUAUCGGAAAUAUCAUGAAGACCAACGUAUCUGCUUGCUCUUCGAUUGGUCCUUACUUCGGCCCUCAGAUUGGCAGAAUAUAUCUAGAUAUGUUGCAGAUGUAUCGUGCUACCAGCCAGUUAAUUUCCGAGGCUGUCGCUUCUGAUGGCGAACUUGCUCCUCGUAUGCCUAGAGUGCGGGGCUUGAGGACCAUCAAGAAGGAAAUUCUGAAGUUAAUUGAGGGCUAUGUUGACAAGGCGGAAGAUAUGCAAUCAAUUCGUAUGCAGAUGGUGCCACAGCUUCUUGACUCCGUUCUGGUUGACUACAACCGCAAUGUCCCGGGCGCACGAGACGCCGAAGUCUUAAAGGCAAUGUCUACCAUCAUCUCAAGACUUACGGGUCUUAUGGAAGAUCAAGUGCCGAUUAUUAUGCAGAAUGUCUUCGAAUGUACUCUUGAGAUGAUCAACAAGGACUUCUCUGAGUUCCCCGAACAUCGAGUAGAGUUCUUCAAUCUUCUCAGAGCCAUCAAUCUGCACUGUUUCCCUGCACUCCUUAAACUUGACAACCGCCAGUUUAAGUUCGUCAUCGACGCUUGCAUGUGGGCAAGCAAACACGACAACCGCGAUGUUGAAGGUGCCGGUCUCAAUAUGUGUCUCGAGCUUGUGAUAAACAUCGCAGAGAAGACCGAUGUGCAGACCUCCAAUGCAUUCUUUCAACAGUUUUUUAUCGGUAUCCUGCAAGACGUAUUCUUCGUCCUGACAGACCCGGACCACAAGGCCGGCUUCAAGACUCAAUCCUUGUUGUUAAUGCGCAUGUUCUACUUUGUGCUCCCCGCAGACGGCACCACGCCAAAGAUUCAAGGACCGGUCUACACGGACCAAGCACCAGCUGGCACAAGUAACAAGGAUUUCCUUGCUGAGUUUGUCGGAGGUCUCCUACGCAACGCGUUCCCCAACCUUCAGAUUGCCCAAAUCGGCGCAUUUAUCGAAUGCCUCUUCACGCUGAACACAUCGUACGAGAAGUUCCGACUCCAAGUACGAGACUUCUUGAUCUCCCUCAAGGAAUUCGCUGGCGACAAUGCCGAUCUCUUUAUUGUCGAGAAGGAGCAAGAAGCAGCGGACAAGCUCACUGCUGAGCAUGAACGACGAGCAAAGGUUGGAGGCUUGCUAAAACCUUCCGAGAUCGAAGAUGAUGAAUUGUGACUACGGCAAGAAUUUAGAAAUGAAUUCGCUCCUCGGCACUCUUCGAGCACGUUGGAGCCGCCCGAACGGACGGGGGCUGACCAUUUCGAUGGAUGGGACGUCUAUGGCCUCUGAAACAUUCCCGGAGGCACUCGGAUGAGAUGAAUGAGGCUUUGACUUUAUAAUUUCUGUCAUGUCUUUGAGUGGCUUUUCUAUUAU